AUGGGCCAGACACUAUCUGAGCCGGUAGUCGAGAAGAUCUCUGACGACGGCCAAGAUGAUCGAGUGGCAUUCGGCGUGUCUGCUAUGCAAGGGUGGCGUAUCAGUAUGGAGGAUGCACAUGCGGCUGUUCUAGAUUUGCAAGCAGAAGAUGCAGACAAAGGAUUUGUAGCUGCAACUCCGGAAGACCGACUGAGCUUCUUCGGGGUAUACGACGGGCAUGGCGGAGACAGGGUUGCGCUGUUUGCGGGCGAGAACAUACACAAGAUUCUAGCAAAGCAAGAAGCGUUCAAGAAAAAGGAUUUUGAGCAAGCGCUCAAAGACGGAUUCCUCGCAACGGAUCGAGCAAUUUUGAGCGAUCCGAAAUACGAGGAAGAGGUUUCCGGCUGCACCGCAUCUGUCGGGUUGAUCUCGAAAACUACGAUAUACGUGGGAAAUGCUGGUGACUCACGUUCUGUUCUUGGGGUUAAAGGCAGAGCAAAGCCUUUAUCGUACGAUCAUAAGCCUCAAAACGAGGGAGAGAAAGCUCGAAUAUGUGCUGCCGGAGGUUUCGUUGAUUUUGGUCGUGUCAAUGGCAACCUUGCGCUAUCUCGAGCCAUCGGAGAUUUCGAGUUCAAGAAGAGCGCUGAGCUCUCACCGGAGCAGCAAAUUGUGACAGCAUUUCCUGACGUUAUUGCUCACACAAUUACCGAUGACGACGAGUUCCUUGUUAUUGCUUGUGAUGGGAUAUGGGACUGUCAGUCUUCGCAAGCUGUCGUCGAAUUUGUGAGACGCGGUAUCGCGGCCAAGCAGGAGCUCUCCAAAAUCAGCGAAAACAUGAUGGACAACUGCCUCGCCUCAAAUAGCGAAACUGGGGGCGUAGGUUGUGACAACAUGACAAUGAUCGUCAUUGCUCUUCUGAGGGGUAAGAGCAAGGACGAGUGGUACAAAGAGAUUGGCGAUAGGGUAGCCAAGGGUGACGGUCCGUGUGCACCGCCAGAAUAUGCAGAAUUUCGCGGUCCCGGUAUGCGACAGAAUUUCGAAGACAGUGGGGAUGACUAUGAUCUCGACCUGGAUCAGCGUAAUCGCGGUGUGGGAGGUCGAUCCGGCAGAAUUAUACUCCUCGGAGAUGGGACUGAAGUCUUGACUGACAGUGAUGAAACGGAGAUGUUUGAUCAUGAAGAGGAAGACAAGGACCUUGCAAGUCAAGUCACCAAGGGUCAAACGAAGUUGGACAAUGAGAGCAGAAGCGGACGGGAGGAGACUCCGGGACCUGAUGAGAGGCAGCAGACACCCGAGCCCAUUGAGCAAAAUCCGUUUGAAACGCCUUCGUCGAUCACAUCAGACAAGUCCGACGCCAUCGAGACAGCAAAAGCAAACUUCAAAGCGAUUCCAGAGAGCGCUCUACCUGAGAAGCUUGUCACUCCGCCAACAACCCAGGAUAAGAAGUAG